AUGCAUGCAAUAAAUAAUAUCAUUUGUGGAUUAGAUCCAAAUAUUGCUACUAAAAUAAGAUAUUAUAAGAACGAUGAAGGUUUAAAUCUUUGGAAAAUCAUUACUUCAUCAGUGAAUAAAGAUAUAAGUUUUGAAAUUAAUGAAAAUUUAAAUAUCUUUUAUCCACCACGUGGCCGUAUUUUGAACUAUAGUUUGGAGAAGGCGUUGAAAACACAUAUUUAUUUCCGUACAAAACUUCUCACGACUGAUCUUUCAACACUAAUAUAUGAUUAUGUCGAACCACCAAAAAUUAGACCAAAUAGUAAAUUAUUUGAUGGUCUGUAUGAAUUAAAUGGAGAAGGAGUCAAAAAUUUUUUUCCUUACGAUAAAGUUAAAAAUGAAAUAAUUCAUAAACAGGAACAAGAACAAAUAAUUGUAAUUCAUUUCAAUGGUCGUGGUACUGAUUAUAUCGGAGAAUUUAUUAUUUAUGAUGGAAAAAUCACAUCGAGAGCAAAAUUGAGCUUUCACAAAAAAUAUAUCAAUACAAAUCAAAAUCCAUGGAUAUAUGAUGGAGUAUUAACACAAAUAGGAAUGUUAGGUGAUUGGGGAGAACAUAAUUAUGUGGGUG